UGGUGCUAACUGCUCGUUUGUCACUUCGCUGUGUUUAGCCACCUGAGCUGGAGAAGGAAAACCUGCAUUUUGCGUUGUUGGGCACAGAGCGCAGGCGCUUGGGGUGCGUGGAAGUGGCGUCACUAACCAGCUUGUUCUGCCUUUGUCUCAGAAUGCAAAAUUCUGAACGGAGCUUCAGGUAUUCGUUUCAUCUACACGAGGGAAGGCAGACCAAGCGGGGAAGCAUUUGUUGAACUGGAAACUGAGGAAGAUGUGAAACUGGCUCUGAAAAAGGACAGAGAAACAAUGGGACACAGAUACGUUGAAGUUUUCAAGUCAAACAACGUUGAAAUGGAUUGGGUUCUGAAGCAUACGGGUCCCAACAGCCCUGAUACUGCUAAUGAUGGUUUUGUACGUCUUAGAGGACUUCCAUUUGGCUGUAGCAAAGAAGAAAUUGUACAGUUUUUUUCAGGGUUGGAAAUCGUGCCAAAUGGGAUAACAUUGCCGGUGGACUUCCAGGGGAGGAGUACGGGGGAGGCCUUCGUGCAGUUUGCUUCACAGGAAAUAGCUGAAAAGGCUCUAAAGAAACACAAGGAAAGAAUAGGGCACAGGUAUAUUGAAAUCUUCAAGAGUAGUCGAGCGGAAGUGCGUACUCAUUAUGAUCCUCCCCGCAAACUGUUGGCUAUGCAGAGGCCAGGCCCGUAUGACAGGCCAGGCGUUGGAAGGGGAUACAGCAGUCUUGGCAGAGGAAGCGGUUUUGAAAGGAUGAGACGUGGAGCUUAUGGUGGAGGCUAUGGAGGCUAUGAUGACUACAAUGGAUACAAUGAUGGAUAUGGCUUUGGUUCUGAUAGAUUUGGAAGAGACCUAGAAUGGACUCUCUUCUCUACAGGGAUGUCCGACCACAGAUAUGGCGACGGAAGCUCUACGUUCCAAAGUACGACUGGCCACUGCGUACACAUGAGAGGAUUACCUUACAGAGCAACAGAGAACGACAUUUAUAAUUUCUUCUCGCCUCUAAACCCUGUAAGAGUACACAUUGAAAUUGGACCAGAUGGUAGAGUGACUGGAGAGGCAGAUGUUGAAUUUGCUACUCAUGAGGAUGCUGUGGCUGCCAUGUCCAAAGAUAAAGCAAAUAUGCAACACAGAUAUGUAGAACUCUUCCUGAAUUCCACAGCAGGAGGGAGUGGUGGUGCAUAUGGCAGUCAGAUGAUGGGAGCAAUGGUCAAGGAAUCGGAAGGGGUAGUCCAAGAUUGGAACACUAGCACAUUGCCAGGAAACCAAUCCAGUUAUGGUGGUCCAGCUAACCAGCAGUUGAGUGGGGGUUAUGGAGGAGGAUAUGGUGGUCAAAGCAGCAUGAGUGGAUAUGGUAGCCAGGGUGCAAUGAACAGCAGCUAUUACAGCAGUGGGAACCGUGCAUCCAUGGGAGUGAACGGCAUGGGAGGGAUGUCCAACAUGUCCAACAUGAGUGGUGGCUGGGGAAUGUAACCGCUGACUUUUGGUCAAUCUUUUUUAAAAAAAAAAACAAACAAAAAACUAAGUUUAACAGUUUUGCAAUACGAGCUUGUGAUUUAUGCUUUACUGUAAGUGAAAUCGGGAUUGUUAUUUUAAAACUUCAGGUUCAGUAUUUUUGAACAUACAGAAGAACAUUCAUCUAGGAUGUAAUAACAAAGUUGAGUAAAGACUAUAACUGUUAAACGAUUUUCAGCUUUUUCUCAAGUUAGUUUUGUUGUAGGAGUGUAUUUAAGCAGUAAGCGUAUUUAGGUUUAAAGCUGUUUGAAUUAUGUUAAAUGUUGCUCUUCGACCAUAUUACAUCCAACACUGUUUUGCAUACAUGUUGAGAAACAUGCUUUUUUGUAAAAACAAUAUAGGAGCUGUGUCUGCAAUUCAAAGUGAACAUUUGGCAUGUUAGUUCUAGUUCAUUUCUUUUAAUACCCUGUAAGGCACGUUUAAUUUUUUUUUUUUAAGUUAAUGGGGAAACAUGUUUGAAACGCAAUACGGCUACUUUAGGAUUUUGGUCUUGGUGUUCGUAUAAAAUUCUGAGGCCUUGAUUUAAUCAUUCAUUGUAUCGUGAUUUCCUUUUUAGGUGUAUUGCGCUAAGUGAAACUUGUUAAAUAAAUCUUCCUUUUAAAAACUGGAA